AUGUUCGAGAAAAUCAUCUUCGGAAUCGCCAUCCUGCAAGUGGUAUGGGCUGCGGCAGAAACAUGCACAGUGGCUACCAGCGACCCGGAAUCAAAGAAAUGCAAACAGGACAAGUGCGACGUCUGGAUUGGGGGCUCAAACUUCUGCUCCCAGUGCUCGACAGCAGCAGAGCAUCUUGUCAAUGGAAAGUGCAUAACUACAGGCGAGGAUGCUGAAGGAGCAUGUACAACAAAGAAUGAUGGCACAUGUACAUCUUGUAAAGCCGGCUUCUUCCUGCACAGGGGAGGAUGUUACAAGAUAGGGACGGAGCCGGGGAAUCUCAUUUGCGAGGACACGCAGGCGUCACAAACUCAAGGGGUCUGCGAGGCGUGCAGCCCGGGAUAUUUCAAGAAUCCGACAGAAUCUCUCGAUAAAACGAAGGAGUCCUGUAUUGCAUGCAAUCAAACCACAGCUAUAGAUGAAAACAAGGGGGUUCAGAACUGUGCGACGUGCACAAUAGAGAAUCCUGCUGGUGCUCUUCGUUUGGGGAAAACCGCCACAUGCAAGACGUGCUUUGAAGGAUUCUUUGUUGCCUCUGGCGGAACAGCAUGCACUGCCUGCAACGAUGAUAACUGCGCUACAUGUGUUGGAGCAGGAAACAGCAAAUGCACACGAUGCAAGCUGAAAUCAGCUGGUGGCAACGACAAGGAAUAUCUUAAAGUGACAGAUGCUUCUAGUAAUUCAGGAGAAUGUGUUGAUACAGCUGGUUGUCCGGCAACCCACUACGUUGAUGAAGAAGCAAAGGAGUGCAACACCUGCGUUUCAGGAGGGACGGUGGACUGCACCACUUGUGAGAAAGGCGCCAACGGAGUGGUUUGCAAGACAUGUACGACUGGCAAGAAGACCAUCUUUGGUCUCAACAGAAAGUCGUGCGUUGCUAGUUGCCCUGCUAACUCUACCCCCAAGGCCACCGGGCAGGGUAGCCAAAUGUGCGAGUGCAACGAAGGACUCCAACCUAAUACUGAAUCGACUGAAUGCCAACCAAUCAGUAACUGUAACACAGAGCACUGUUUGGAGUGCACCGGUGAAGGUGCCGAUAAGGAGGUCUGUACAAAGUGUCUGUCUGAGUACUACCUCACCCCAACCAGUCAAUGCGUAUCUGACUGCACGACCCUCAAGGGCUACUACGGAAAUGACACUGACAGAAAGUGCAAGAAGUGCAACGAUGCGUGCAUAGAGUGCAAGGGUGAGGGCGCUGAUAAGUGUACGGCUUGUCCUGCUGGGAGGAUGCUUCAGUAUACAGAUGCUGAUACUCCUGCCAAUGGGGGCACGUGCAUGAACCAGUGCAGCGUGAGCCCUGCAAACGAUGGAUGCGCAGAGUGUGGGGCCCAAAUAGGAGGAACUGCAUACUGCUCAAAGUGCAAGAACACUCAACAGGCACCACUGGAUGGCAACUGUGCGGCCAAUACGCGAACACGAUUUUGCACUACGGUGAGUAAUGGAGCAUGCACUCAAUGUGAAAAUAACUACUUCCUCAAAGAUGGUGGUUGCUAUCAGACAGAUAGACAGCCUGGCAAGCAGGUGUGUACUACAGUGCAGGGAGGAAAAUGUACAAAAUGUGCCAGUGGUCUAACGGCUGAUAAUGGCGAUUGUUCCAAUAAAAGGUGCCAUCUUAGCUGCGAGACAUGCACGGCUGCUAACGACGCUAACGCCUGUGCUACAUGCAGCACUGGAUAUUACAAACCGCAGAGUGCUGGGACAAAGUGUAAUCCGUGCUCUGAGGGGCUCGCUGGGUGCAGGCAGUGCACGGUGUCAUCCACCGGUGCGUUCAUGUGCCUCGAGAUGGGCGACGGCACUGGCGACAACACCGGCGGAAGCGUCAACAGGGGCGGGCUCUCCACGGGGGCCAUCGCGGGGAUCUCCGUCGCUGUGGUCGCUGUCGUGGGGGGCCUCGUGGGCUUCCUCUGCUGGUGGUUCCUCUGCAGGGGGAAGGCGUGA